AUGGCUAAUAAACGGUGUCGAGCAUAUCAAAGGAAGAGACUGAGUCUCUGUGAACUUUUCUUAUCUGCUGUGCUUCUACCUCGCGCAGUCUACGGGCACUACAACCUACCUCCUCCCCAGGCCCCGAUACUCUCGCCACAGCUACCCUUGGAAGGGUCCGAGACCCCAUCCGAAACAUACGAGUUUUCUCUUCGCCAUAUUUUCCACCGGGGCACCUACGAACACCCUGACCUUCAUGCCCGAUUAGAUGUCGGACCCAAUACCCGCCUCUUAGCUCUAUCCGAAGAUGGGAUGGAGACUGAAUCAGUGAUGGUGCAUCCAUCACUAGUCGCUUCCUCGAACCCGAUCACGAUACAACGGCUGGCUGAUCGGCGUUUGUCGGUGAUUGAAGGGCACUUGGCAGCUGCAAAGCUGUCCGGUGAAGCUUCCAUCUUGUCGCCCGCGGAAUGGGUCAUGGACACACUUCCGGGUCCAAAGAUUUCGGAUAGGGAGACUGUGUUGACUUUUGCCAAGAUGACGGCAAAUGACUAUAUUGAGGAGCCUGGUACGCAGGACUGGCACACCAUCCACGGACAGUUUAACUACUCGACGAGCUUUGGAUGGAAGGGGGAUGGACUCCGAGGCCAUAUUUACUCUGACAAAUCCAACAGUACUAUUGUCAUCUCACUUAAAGGUACUUCUCCAGCCCUUUUUGAUGGUGCAGGAACUACGACAAAUGACAAAGUGAAUGAUAAUUUGUUCUUCGGCUGCUGUUGUGGUCAAGGAGGAUCUUACCUCUGGAGACAGUCAUGUGAUUGUCAGACUGCCACCUACAAGGCAAAUUUGACUUGCAUCACUGAGGCAAUGAAUGAUGAGGAUAGAUACUAUCGAGCAGCCAUCGAUUUAUAUUCCAACGUGACCGAAAUUUACCCGGACGCAAAUGUUUGGUUGACAGGACACUCAUUGGGAGGUGCAAUGACUAGCCUGCUUGGAUUGACCUUCGGUCUUCCAGUUGUCACCUUUGAGGCAGUUCCAGAAGCACUUCCAGCAGCUCGACUAGGUCUUCCGAGUCCCCCAGGUCAUGAUCCACGCUUGCCCCAGCAGCGAGCGCAUACAGGUGCCUAUCAUUUCGGACAUACUGCCGAUCCGGUCUAUAUGGGGACUUGCAACGGGAUCAACUCGAUCUGUACAUGGGGUGGCUAUGCAAUGGAGUCUGCAUGCCAUACUGGCCAGAUGUGCACUUAUGAUACCGUGGCAGACAAAGGGUGGCGCGUGGGCAUCGGCACUCACAAAAUUCAGAAUGUCAUUUCGGAUGUGAUCAAAGCCUACGAUGAUGUCCCACCAUGUGCGCCUGAGGAGGAAUGUUAUGAUUGUGUGCUCUGGAAGUUCUUCCGAAGCAAUGGUUCCGAAAUCACCACCACGACUUCUUCAACUACGGCCACCCCAACACUCACUAGAACCGCAACUUGCAAGACUCCGGGUUGGUGGGGCUGUCUUGACGAAAGUACUACGACCACUUCAACCAUUACCUCUACCACAACCACAGAGUCAAGUACUGCAACAACCACUACUUGCAAAACACCAGGAUGGUUCGGCUGCAAGGACCCAACAACCACGACAGCAACCCCCACGCCAACCCCGACUGUGACCUUGACCUUGACCUCGACCUCGACCUGCGAGACCCCGGGUUGGUUUGGCUGCAAUGAUCCAACAGCUACCGCGCCUCACAUAACACCAGCGCCUACAGUGGCACCCACCAACCCAGCGACAACAUCCACAAGUACGUGCCACGAUGUUGGCUGGUUCGGCUGCAAUGACCCGUCGACCACUGCUACGACAGCCACCCCGACCGGUCAUGAUUCCACAACUUCACUGACUUGCACACAUCCAGGGAUAUUCUGGGGUUGCUGGAAUUAA